AGAAAUGAACUUUUGUUUCGUAUUUUGUUUCCUCAAAACUUAGAAGUACAUUAGAAGGGGAAAAAAACAAACAGAGAGAAAGAUCGCUGACGGAUUUAUAGCUACUGUAAAAUCGGGGUAUAAUUCCGAUCUUAGAGCAGCAAAUCAAGCUGUUUUGGGUCAUUAAUUCCUUUUUACUCUCCAUCGAAAUGGCAGAUGCUUACUGGAGAGUCACCGACGGCCGGAUACAUCCCGUAUCUCUUCCUCCGGUACCCUCAAAACGCCCGAGGACCGAAAAUGAUGUUCCAAGUGGUCCUGAGAUGCCUGGCAGUCAUAGCCACAAUGAUGUACAAGGAAUGCAUCAUGCCAUUAGAGAAACAGAUCCUAUUGAAACAUCCUAUGAACAAUACUUACGAAGCGGGCAAACUUCCUCGUAUGCUGGUGGUGACUCUGCAAAUUCCAUGAGUAAUGGAGUAGGCAGUCAUUCUAUUGACGGCCCACGUGUUAUGGGUACUGUGGGAUCAGAACCAGUUGCUGCUAGAAGCAGGACCAUUGGGUUUGGAGGUGUUAGACCAGAAGUUCCUCUUCCACCUGAGGCUAGCAGUACAUUGUUUGUGGAGGGGUUGCCUGCUCAUUGCACCCGAAGAGAGGUGUCACAUAUAUUUCGACCAUUCGUAGGUUUCAAAGAAGUUAGACUGGUGAUCAAAGAAUCACGACAUCCAGGAGGGCAUCCAUUUGUUCUUUGCUUUGUUGAUUUUAUGAGUCCAUCCCAUGCAGCCACUGCUAUGGAUACUUUACAAGGUUAUAAAUUGGACGAGCAUGACCGUGAUUCACCCAACUUAAGGCUGCAAUUUGCUCGCCGUCCUGGUGCCAGGUCAGGUGGUGGGUAUCGCGGAAAGCAUUGAAUUAUGCAUCUUUACAGGUGAUAUGCUAGACUAUGUGCGCUUGACCUUUAUUACUAACGAUCAAAGGCUAUGUUACCAAUUCAUCGAUCGAGCUAAAUUUUGGAACGACCCUCUAUGUAGGACCAACUUGAAUUCGGAGAUUACAUGUUUAGAUGUUAUGCCAGCUUUGCGGUUAUGUGUUUGACAUCUCUCUCUCUGAAUGGGUGGUUCAUUAGGACCAGCGUUUUCUCCUUGUAUGGGAAGAAAGUGUAGUUUGUGUAUUAGCAUUUAACUUUCAUUUCCGUGUCAAUUCUGCGCCGUCCUUUGCAGAAAACGGGUGUUGUUGUAUUUCAUAUCCUGAUUGCUGAAAGAUGAUUUUAGUUUUAUCUGGUGCGUAGGAUGUUAUUUAUAUUACACCGUUGUAACUUAAAUGAGAAGUGGGAAGUACUUUGUACUAUUUUUAGAAUUGCUUGUUUGAUCAUGUGGUAAAAAUCUCA